UCUUAACUUUCUAGCUCGCAGAACAGUACUCGCUCCUGGGUACCCGAAAGGACCGCUGUAAUGAGCCAGGCUCAGCUGGGCGGGUUUGGGACUCUGCCCCUGCUCUCUCUGCUGCUAAGCUUUGAACAAGUGGCUUUUUAUGAGCAUGUUGUUGUUCGUUGUGGGUGUAAAGACAGUUAUUGCGUGCAAAGGGUUGAGCACUGACCUCAAGUGGAAAUAGGGGUGCAGAGGACAACUCUAACUUUGCACUUGGGACACAAUGUCAAGCUCCUGUCAAGGCUAGGUUCUAGGGUGGACCCUGGCUUGGGUUGGGGGUUCAAUAAUCGGAAGACAGAUGUGAACUUCUGGACUGUGCUUCCUGUGGCACUGGACAGUGGACUCUGACCUAGAACAGUGCACCCCUCCACCUCCCUGUCCUAUCACCUACUGUCACAGAACGGCCAUGCUGUUCCCCGGGGCUGUUUUAUUCUUCACCCUGAUCUUGAUGGCCAGUUCGCUGGGCCAAAGGACUCGAAAACCUUAUGGGUCUACAUCCCCCAUCAGCACCAUCCAGGCCCAGGCCAAUUUCAAUGCUCAGCAGUUUGCAGGGACAUGGCUCCUUGUGGCUGUGGGCUCUGCAUGCCGCUUUCUUCAGGAGCAGGGACACCGGGCUGAGGCCACUACAUUGCACAUAGCUCCCCAGGGUGCAGCUAUGGCUGCCAGCACCUUCCGAAAGCUAGAUGGGAUCUGUUGGCAGGUGCGCCAACUCUAUGGAAUCACAGGGGUCCCUGGCCGCUUCUUGCUCCAAGCUCCACGGGCCCGUGGGCCAGUACAUGUGGUUGUUGCUGAGACCGACUACCAGAGCUUCGCCAUCCUGUAUCUGGAGCAGGCGAGGAGGCUGUCUGUGAAACUAUACACCCGCACACUGCCUGUGAGUGAUUCUGCCCUGAAUGCGUUUGAGCAGCGAGUCAGGGGAGCCAACCUGACAGAAGACCAGAUCUUUUUCUUUCCCAAGUAUGACAACACCUACAAGAGAGAGCACCGGCCUUUGCUGCAUUCCUUCAUCACGUUGUUCAAGCUGAGAGACAACAGUGAGUUUCAGGUGACCAACUUCAUGACUCGGGGCAAGCAUUGCAGCACUUGGUCCUAUACCCUGAUCCCAACAAACAAGCCUGGGCAAUUCACCAGGGACAACAGAGGGUCAGGGCCUGGGGCAGACAAAGAAAACAUACAGGUCAUAGAGACAGACUACGUCAAGUUCGCCCUGGUGCUGUCCCUCAGACAGGCAAGCAACCAGAACAUCACAAGGGUCAGCCUUCUGGGUAGAGACUGGAAGAUAACUCAUAAGACAAUAGACAGGUUCAUCUGCCUGACCAAGACCCAAAACCUCACAAAGAACAACUUUCUCUUCCCUGAUUUAACUGGUAAUGGGUUUGUAUGAAGAGGGUGAUGGGGUCUGGAGACCCUAGACAAUGGUGGCACCU